AUGGGUCUGAGCCAGGCAAUAGAAAAUAAUCUAAUUGGGACUUCUUCUGAUAUAGAGUUUGAAUCACUAAAGCACGAAAUUUUGGAAGAUAGGCUUGCUACUAAUUUGCAAUUUACAUUGAAAACAGACCCAUUCUCUAAAACUUUUAGCGAAGAUCAAAGAAAAAGGUUAAUAACCGGCUUACUUUUAGUUGGUUUUCAAUCGAAGUAUAAACUUGUCACAAAUAUUGGAUACAAUGCUGAAAGCACGUACAAAAACAAUUUCAUGAACUUCUUAUUCAGACCCAUAUGCGAAUAUGUUGCUUCAAUAUUACGUUUUCAACCACAAGUAGAAGAAGAUAAUGCCAUUGGCCAGACUGGAGUCCAUACUAGGAUACCACAUCAGUCAAAUGAUCUAUUAUACUCUUAUCCAGAUAUGGUGGCAUAUGCUAAAAACCUACACAAUCAGUCAUUGGCUUUAGUUGAGGUCAAAAAAUUGCCCAUUUUAAAAGGUAGAAAGUUAUUACACUUUACAGAUUUAAAAAUAAGGAGAUUUCUCAAGCAAGUUAUUGCAGAAAUGUUUUCAAACCAUACAAACAAGGGCAUUUUAACAGAUUCAUACACAACAAUUUUAAUCGAAGUGGAUAUCAAGAGAAGCUUGGAGAUGAUCAACGAAAAUAAGGAAUGUCGGAAUGAUGACAAGCCGGUAGCUCUAAACUAUAAAAUCUUAGAUUGUCAAUCAUCAGGCAUUGCGUUGAGAGGUGGCCUUCUUUCAUACAACUUAUUAAUGAAAGCUUGA